AUGCAUUCUGUUCCUUGCAACAGAAGACAAUCCGAAGCAGAUAUUUUUAAGUUGUUAACUUUUGUAUCUAUUAUAAGGAAAGAUAUUGAAAAGUCAUUUCAGAUCAUGCAUCAACGAUUGUUUUUCUUCGUAUCUCGUAUUCCUUCGAACAAGAUAACUUCUCGUUCAAUCCAAACGAUGGCAGAUGUUCGAAAAGGCUUACAAGCAUUAGUUGGUGCUCAACUCGUUUUCGGCCAUGGCAAUCAAAGUGGAAGUCAUGCUCAAUUAACGGAUCAAAUAAGUGUCAGUUCAAAUUUAACUCCGCGAACUAUUGCUGAAAGUUAUGAUGAAGCUAUCAUUCCAUUAGCAUCCGAUAUCAAACUACGAGAAAGAUAUGUUAAUUUCGAAAACAAAGUACGAUUUGGACGAAUACUCGAAGAUCUCGAUACAAUUGCUGUUCAUAUUGCUUAUAAACACAAUGCUCCGCAGUUAAUUCAAUCAAUCAAUGUCCAUCCAUUAGCAAUUGUGACUGCAGCUGUUGAUCGUAUCGAAGUGGCAAUACCACAUAUGAAUAUUACGCGAGAUGUUCGUCUCAGUGGUUUUGCAUCAUACGUAGGCAAAUCAUCGAUGGAAGUGACGUUGAAAGUUGAUCAAGAGAAUAACGGCCAGUGGGAACAUGUGCUUCAUGCGUUCUUUGUCCUUGCUGCUCGAGAUCCGCGUACGAAAAAAUCGGCCAAGAUGAACCCAUUGGCAGCAUCGAAUGCAAAAGAUACGGAAAUUAUCAAAACGGGAGAGCUUAAUCGUCAACGUCGUCUAAACGAACAAGAUCGGUCAUUGUUCAAGAUAGCACCCGAUGUGACUGAGAGUUCACUUGUUCAUGAUCUUUUUCUCAAGACAAUCACACCGAACGCAUCUAUAUUUCGAACAAGACCCUUAGUUGAAAAUUGCAUGUGGAUGGAUGAAACUACUUUACGAACAAUGCAUAUUGGCCAUCCAGAACAACGUAAUCUCUACAAUAAAAUCUUCGGUGGCUACUUAAUGCGUAAAUCUUUUGAAUUGGGUUGGACAACGGCAAGUUUAUUUGCGAAACAAUCGUUAAGUACACUUGCCGUUGAUGAUAUUAUGUUUCAACGUCCUGUGGAAAUCGGCUCACUCUUAUUUCUAUCGGCGAUGGUUGUUUAUGUCGAAGGAAACAAAAUUCAAACACGUGUGCAUGCUGAAGUUGUUGAUUUGCAUACCGCGAAGCGCGAAACCACUAAUGUCUUCUACUUUAUUUUCAAAACAAAAGAUAAUUCGCCGUUACAGACAAAUGUAGUACCAAAAACAUAUGCUGAGGCAAUGAUGUAUUUGGAUGGCAAACGACAUCUCAACUAA